AUGCCCGACGAACAUCAAUCCACUAUGGAUGAAGGUUCACCAAACCAUGAUUCGAAAGAAAACUUGGUGUCGGUUGAUGGGAUUGAUGGAGUUUCGUACUUUGUCAAUGUUGUAUUUCCGAAUUCGGACACAUGCAAACUGCAAGUAUCCGCAGGGGAGAUUGUUCAGGAAAUUCAUCGCGCCCUAAUGGAGCGUGAGGAAUCAUGUCACCGGACGUGUUUCUCGCUGCAUUUCAAUGACCAAACCCUGGACUUGUUUACGGACUUAAAGUCUAUUGAAGGUCUGGAAGAGGGAUCAGAAAUUCGGGUUGUGGAGGAGCGUUAUACCACUCGCGAAGUGCGUAACCACGUCAAGCAUGUUCUUGAAAUCCUGAAUAGCAUUAAAUUGCGUGAUGCAUACGCUGGGAGGGAACAGAUGUCGUUAUCUUUUUUGAGCUCUGUUACUUUGGGCGACAUUUUAGAUCGGAAGCCAAAUCGCAUCGAUCCUAGCUCCUUGAGCUUCCUUCCUCCUUCUUACAUUAUGCCUGCCGUCGCAAAUGCCGAGCCUCCUCUUCUACCCUUGCAUCCUAUCUCAAAGGAGGAUAACGAUCUAGAUUGUCUUCAUCAGUUAAACUAUAGUAAUUGGAACCCCCCGCCCUCUUCUCGUCGUCUUGCUGGCGAUUUGCUCUACCUUGUUGUGCACACACUCGAAGGCAAACGAUGCCAUAUCACAGCGUGUCCGCGUGGUUUUUAUGUCAACCAGACCACGGACGAGAUUUUCAAUCCUGCCCCUGUUCAAAACGCCUAUGUAGUGCAUUCACUUGUUGAUCUCCUUAAACAAUUAAGUCCCACCUUCAAAAAGUCAUACGACACUUUACUCAAGCGGAGAGCGAACAAACAUCCGUUCGAACGGCUCCCUACACCAUAUCAGGUUUAUUCCUGGUUAACCCCUAAUUGGCAGCAUACCCUGGAUUCCGUGCGGAAGGAAGAAUCAUUGACAUCAAGGAUGGCCUGGGAGGAAAACCUUCCAGGUCAAACUCGCGACUGGAAUGAUGAGCUGCAGGCUACUCGUGAACUACCUCAGAAUGAUAUUAACGAGCAACUGAUGCGCGAUCGUGCUGUUUUCAAGUCGAAUUGUGAUUUUGUCGCGGCUAGCACUCGAGCUGCCGUCAACGUUAUCAACGGCGAAAUCGUAGCUAUUAAUCCGGGGGAGAAGCGAAAGCAACAGAUGUUUAUUUGGAACAACAUGUUCUUCUCACUGGGUUUCGAUGUCAAAGACCACUAUAAGGACUUGGGUGGCAAUGCGGCUGCCUACUCUGCGACAGUAAUUUUGUGCCUAUAUGGGCUGUCUAGCCCCACCGUUUAUCAUAACUUAUGUGGUAUUCUCCAGACAGUUCCACUUAAAUUUCCUCUUUGA